AUGGCGGCCUCAUCGAGCAAGAACGAGGAGAUCCUGGCACUGGCCAAGACUCUCAAGGGAACGCCUCAGUGCGACGAGUAUGACCGCAUGAUUUCCGGCAUGCUAUACAAUCCCCUUCAUCCAAUUUUGAUGCAAGGCCGCCACAAGGCUCGCGGCCUCGCCUACACAUACAACAAUCUGGACCCCAAUGCCUAUGACUGGGAGCACAUUGCGCAAAUCCGCACAAAGCUUCUGCAGGAGAUGCUCGGGAGCGUGGGCGAGGGAACGUGCAUCGAGACGCCGUUUCUACCCGACUAUGGCUGCAACAUCAUCAUCGGCCAGAACUGCUUUAUGAAUUUCGGAUUCACCGUCCUCGAUACCAGCCUCGUCAUCAUCGGCGACCGCGUGCAGAUGGGACCCAACGUGCACAUUUACACGGCGGGCCACGAGACCAGCGUCCUGUCGCGCAUCAAGUUUGUCGAGUUUGGCCAUCCCAUCAGGAUCGAGGACGACUGCUGGAUCGGCGGCAACGUCAUCAUUCUGCCUGGGGUGACCAUUGGCCGCGGCUGCACGGUCGGGGCUGGGGCGGUCGUCACCAAGAGCCUGCCGCCGUACUCGGUCGCGCUGGGAGCGCCGGCAAAGGUGGUCAAGACAAUGGCGUCGGUCGAGGAAGAGCGCGCGGACCCGAAGAAUCCGUUUCGCGACAUGCCCGAUAGAGUGUAG